AUGUUACUUAAGGAUAUCAUAACCCCUGGAUCGGAACUCUUAGAAAGAUUGGCGCUAGAACUUAAUCGAGAGGAGAAUCCCGGAGUCAAAAACUGGACACAUCUGUCCUGGAAAAUGGAAGUACCAGCUGACGUGUGUCGGGAGUUUGCUGAUGUCAAACAAGUCAGGAAAAGUCCUACAAAAGAGGUUCUAGAAUGGGUGGCCGCGCACUUCCCUGAAAUAGCAUUAAGUGACGUUGCAAAAGCUUUAGAUGAGAUUCAGCGAAAUGACGUAAUACAGAUAAUAUCCAAGUAUUUUCCUAACACAGUUGGUAGGUUCUCGCUGAUAUAAGUACAUUGGGGUUUAUUGGACAAUUUCAGUGUUUGCCUUUCCUAAUCUCUUUGACUCCUCGGUGCGGCACUUUCAGUUUAUUUCCAAGCCUGCUUGUUUUCGUUAUACAAGCCAUGAUCUCUAAUGUGCAUUACCUCGUACCCCUUGUACAAGAGAUGGCUAGAAGAAAAGUAUUCGGGUACAGGCACAUGCUACGUUGUUUUCGGAUGUCACAACGACGCUUACAAAAAAAAAAAAACAGGAACAAUAAAAAAUUAAUUAUACACAAAAAAGUCCUAUGUAUACAUCUUAAACUCUGACACUCUAGCUCUGAUUUUUUUUUUUUUUUUUUUUACAACUCAAGGUCCGUAAAACUACUCUCGCACAUGCGAAGUAAGAUCGACUUAACUAAGCUAUCCUCUCAUAACAUUGAAUACCUUUUCUCUUCCUUCAGAUUCAGCCUUGCAAGGACUUGGCCGUUCAUUCAAGGACAGCUUAACCAUGCCAGAUCCGACUGGUCAGAUGUUUUCAACUAGCUUCGAGAGAGAAGAGCGGGAUUCCUUUCCUAACAAAGGUAAGAAGGAAAGCGUUAAUUCACCCGUGAUGUUCAUAGAAUUAGCUAGUUAAGAAGCCUUGGUCGAAAUUGUGCUAUGAUUAUGUAACUAGGAACAGUCAUUUUCAAUGGGUUUGUCAUCAUUUCCUUGUCCUUACUUAGCUCAAUUAUUCGAGGAGCUAAGUGGGUAGAAACCUCAUCAAAAAGUAAUCUUCGCAAAACUAUAUGUUGAUGUUUACGUCGGUGUAGCUUGUAUACGACGGUAGAUUACUAACAGCUUCACGUUUAAUGCCUUCUCCCCACUUCAAGUGGUGUUUUCAAUCUUGAACAGUAUAUCACCAUGGUUGCAUUCAAAAUGCGAAAGCUUAUUAAAGGCUGUUUGCGCCUGAAUUUAAGCCAAAGGCAAUUUCAUGCCAAAAUCAUGUUUUGAAAAUUGUAAAAUCAACAACCACGUUUACAAACGGCGAUUUUCCCCAACUUAGGAUCCGAUUACCCAAAGAGUUCAGCUGCUCGAUUUCUGAGGAAUGCUUAAAGCGUUUAGCCCUUCUAAACCUUCCGUCUACAAAAGGUUUAUCUGUGGCAUUUUCUGUUUGUGGAACGUAUAUAAGUGAAAGCAAGAUCCAAAGUUUUGUUGUUUUUCCUACCAACUUCCACGCAACUAUUAAACUCACACUCUUAUUGUCACCAGAGUUGCGCUUCCUUUUUAUUGGGCUGCUGUGCUUUAUUCCAAUGAAUAGUGGAAAGGGAUAAAUGGUCUUAAAUGGUCUUUCUGUCUUUUCACUUGCAGAAGUGAAGGAACAAUCUGGUCAUUAUGGUAACUUGCCAGAUCGGACGGAUUUGGUGGGCCGCAAUGAAACAUGCGAACGUAUCAUAACUGCCCUGUCUUCAAACAUGGCUGUUGAAAUUGUAGCACCACCUGGGUAUGGGAAAACGUCGGUUGUAAUAGAGGUCGCUCAUAGGAUGAUCGAAAGGAAAAAGUGUGUCGCGUACGUUAAACCUCGAGGUGUCACUUGUGUAGAAGAUUUAGCAAGCAAAAUAAUCGAGACUCUAGGGUACGUUCCUGGUGAAAACACAAUAACUGAAGCAUUAAGUUGCAUAUCUUCUCUAAGGAGAAAAAGUGUUGUGUUGAUCAUUGAAAACAUUGACAACUUACUGCAUCUUGAGGAUCAAUUGAGCAACGAUAAAUACCAUCAGGAAUUAAAAUCUGAAAAUUGCUGUACUCAAAUGUGGGGUAAAGUCACGCAGAGCGACUUUUUGACAUUUCUAAAAUACCUCGGACAAAGUCCAAACAUUCAGCUUGUCCUCACAUCACGAGAAACCUAUGAUUUCAAUGCGUCUCUUCCUUUCGAACUGAUUAACCUAGAACCUCUGAAUGACAAUGAUUCAGCCUCUAUGUUCUCAAAGUGUGAGGAUGGCCUGGACGACGAUCUGAUUAAGGAGCUGGUCAGCGUUUGUGGUGGUAUUCCCUUGAUGAUCUGCACAGUGAUCUCGAUUCUAAAGGGAGAAAAUCCCCAGAAAGCGGCCCAACUUUCCACAACUUCACCUAGUUGUCUUGCUAGAGAACUUUUAGCCAACGAGGAUCGCAUCGCCAAAUCUCUUGAAAUCUGUUUUGAUCGCUUAAGUCAAGAAAAUCAGAAGAUUAUUUUGAUGCUCUCAACAUUUCCACACAGAUUCACGCAAGAGCAAUUUCAAGCAGUCUUUGGGUCAUCUGUCACGGCUGAUUUGCAAACUUGCCUAAAUUCCUUGGGGCAUAGCAACCUCCUUCGCUUCGACAGGACAAAUUGUCAGUAUUCCUUCCAUCCUUUCAUACGAGAUUUCUUUUCACUGAAGUCCGAUCACAUAGACGCCAAAUCAACUUUCAUUCGUCAUUACAGUGACUUGGCUGUUACACUUUGCGAAACAUUCUUGAGUAAAGAUUGCAAGUUGGCAAUUGAUCAGUACAGAUCUGAAAAGGACAACAUUCGGGAAGCCAUGGCUUGGUGUGGAGACGAUCACCCUGAGCUUGACCAAACUUUCAGGGAGCAAUGCAUCGACGCCUUUAACGAGGCAGCUGGAUUUCUUGCCAAGGUGAUGCGCAAACAAGAAUUUCAGUCGCUCUUUUGCAAGCUUGCGUAUCAAUGUCGCUCCCACUUGCACCUCUACAGUGCUUGCUUGACGAACAUCGGAAUGAAGAUAGUGUUAAGCUGCACAUGUACCCCUCACAUUUGUCCAAGAGCCUUGUAUCAGGCCAGAGAAAUGUUGACUCAAGCAAUUGACUUUCAAUCAACACUUAUGGACGUGAAGGACACCACUCGUGCCCAGUGCAUGAGCAAGUUUGGAUUUUGUUAUGUUCGCGAGGGGCGCGUUGAUGAGGGCUAUGAAUAUCUCGAGAUGGCCUUGAAAUUGCGACGGGACAGAGUAGAGAAACUAAACAGGAUCAAAGAUCAUGUCAUGUUAGCUGCCUGUUUCAACGAUGUGGCAGGUUAGUGGCAAUUAAUUUCUUAAUGCUUUCAUGGUAAGAGCUAUUCGUGAAGGGAAUCAUCUGCGGAAAGUUAUCCCCAUUGAAUCUUUUCCAUGAAAGCUAGCAAUAAGAUCCACGAGCACCUCGCACAAGCUUCAUUACGAACGAAAUUGUUUAAGUACCAUUUAGAUAAAUUGAUGCAACAAUUAGGAGGUGAUGUUGGUGGCAUAUGCUGGUGUGUAGAAAGAACUCAAGGCCAUUUUCUUUCACCACUCUAGUACUCAAUUGGUAUGGCUAAUGCGGGUCUUGUAAGUUAAAUAAAAAGCGCAGUUUUAAAAAUAGACAGGCGAUCUGUCGACCUUGCAUCAUUCUGGUUUCUUUUUUUUUCUCUUUUGAACAACAACCUCUCAAAUGGUGCAGUGUAACUACAUCAUCGCUCAGAAUGCAAAGACAUAUCCGGGACCUUGACUGCGCCGCCGGCGGUGAAUUUCAAAAUUGAUUAGUGAAGUGGGCUAAAAAUAAAAGAGAAAUUGAUUUGAAAUUAUCGAAGAGAGCUUGCAUUUUUUAAGUUCUCGUCCAAACUACGCAAUAUUCUUAGUUUUAGCAUGUGGAGAGGAGAGAAAUAAAAAAAUAUAUAUUUUUCCAUUCUCGCCUUAUUGUAUCUUCCUUAAUCCCUGGCUAUUUUUAUUUGAAAUUUGGCCAUUUUAAUCGCCAGUGUCAUUACACUCUUCUGGUUGAUCGCUUUUUUUUGACUCGCAGCUUCUCAAAUGGUGCAGCGAAAACAUAUGCUGGCCAUCCAAACAAGGCUGUCACAUGUCCUUCCUGUUUAUGAAGAGAACCUCGGUGACCACCCUUUUACGGCAACCACUCUUAGUUGGAUUGGUAACAGUUACCACGCCUUGGGUGACUACGACAACGCCAUUAAAUACAGCAGCAGAUCAAUUUCAAUCCGAAGGCAACUGUUGGGGCAACAUCAGGAAACUGCGAAGUCUCUGUAUGAUGUGGGUGUGGCUUACAGCGCGAAACAGGACUAUGAAACGUGAGUAAACAUACUUUGCUAUUUAUUAUAAGGCAUUUUGUAGAUCCGAUACCCUCUAAGCAAAGGUUAACAACAAAAUCGAGUGUAAGCAAUAUCGACCCUUACAAAAGCAUUUAUUCUUCGUGCCUUUGUUUCUUUAAACUUUUCAUCGUAAUUAAUGCAACUCCGUCAAAAUGUCAAGUUUACAUGAAUUUCCCAUUGUUAAAAGAUUAGAGGAAGACAUGGUGGUCCAGAACGAGGGGAAAAAAGUACUUUCGAGGUGUGCUCAUUUGUUCCAAAAAUGUUUCAUUGUAUUCGUGCCGCGUCGACAAGUUUUCAGGUAGUGUAGCGACAAUUGCGAUGCGUGUGUUGUUUGCUUGUUAGAUCACGUCCUUAUUUUCUAAUUUUGCUGCUGUCGAGUCAAUUUUCCCGUACGACCUCAAACUUUUUGUAUUUUGGUUUAGCAAAUUGCAGUGAAUGACUCAAAGGUGAAAUAUCUCAAAGACUGUAUCACGACGCAAAUAUUUUUCAUCGCAGAAUUCUUUCUUGAACAGUAAGACGGGGAAUGAUGUAACAUUUCCUAAGAGAAUGUAUCAUAUGGAUGUGAAUCUCGCUUGGUAAAAACACUAGCAGAUAUGUGAAACCUCUUUUGGAGGAAAAACGUCCAGGAAAUUCAUUAUUUGACGUUGCAUCUUUCUUAGAGCCCUCCACUACCUGAAAAAGGCAGUUGAUUACCAAGAAAAAGUGUUAGACACUCAGGACGAGCUGAUUCACACCCAUCAAGCCAUGUCAAUAGUUCUUUGUGCUCUUGGAAGAAACGAAGAGGCAGAAGAAGAAAUAAAUCGUGCGGGGGAGUGCGCAAGCAAGCUAGAUUCUUGGGAGGCUCCUUUAAAUAAACUGAGGACCCAAGAACGAGACAGCGAAUGGAUAGAUGUUUUCCCCUGAAAGCCACGGAAUUCAGCAUUGUAGAAAACACCUUUUGCAUUAAACCGUUAAUAGGAUAUAGGUCUGACAAUAGAUCAAUCAACUGAACAAAAAGAAUCAAUGCUUUGAUAUUUACUAAGUUUCCGUUCACUGAUUUGGUUUGUUACUCACUGCGGUCAGUAAAGUGCCAGUGUUAAGGACACUAGCCAGAAGGCUCAUUAUUGAAUUGAUUAUUGAUUAGUUUAAUAAUUUCAGAAUGAUCCUAGAUACGAACAUAGUCACAAUGUUUAUCUAUUUGUCUAUAUUUCUAUUGGUUUUGUAAUCGGACCUCUCAGCGUCACCACGCGCAUAUAAAAGUCGAGUUCAGUGUCCCUGUAAUCACUUCUUUGUAAGUUUUUUAGUAGUCUUGGUAAACUUUCUUCCUUUCGUUUUCUUAAAACUUUGGCAUAAGUGGGAACGAUAUGUGAAAACCUUUAUAACUUUGUUUUCCUAAGUUUAGUUUCUCAGUAUUAGGCAAAAGUAUACAAACAGACAUUUUGUUGUAGUGCCUUAUUUUCAAUUGAUUUAAGAUUAAAAAGCCAAAAUUGUAUCAGAUGAAAGUGAAAGUCCACCAUUUGGAUAAGAACAAUGGGUUGUUAACCAGCCACCAAAAUUCUCGUAAUUUUUGUACCGAAACUUUUGUACUUUAACGUAGCUUGUACUGGUUUUUUUGUAUUGUUCAUUGUCAUUCUAAUCUCGUUAUCGGCGUUAAGGCUCAGUUUUUUACGCGCAAUUUUUUUAUUAACUAUUUCGCAGCAUUUCACUAGAUUGAUAGAAUUUACUUGUAUUAUUGUUUCAGUUUACAACUGAUUGUGAGAUUGAUCGU